AUGAAUUCAAACCAGGAUUCUGUUGAGAAGAUACAAAUCGAACAAAAAUUGGCUGUUGAAUCCAUCCGAUCGUUUUUAAGUUCGAAGACUUCUUAUGAUGUCCUUCCUGUGUCAUUUCGUCUGAUUGUUUUAGAUACUGCAUUAUUGGUUAAGAAAUCCUUGAAUGUUUUACUACAAAACAACAUUGUAUCCGCACCCCUAUGGGAUUCUGAAACUUCAAAAUUUGCAGGGCUGCUAACAUCUAGUGAUUUCAUUAACGUUAUUCAGUAUUAUUUCUCUAAUCCAGAUAAAUAUGAAUUGGUAGAUAAAUUACAACUGAAUGGAUUAAAGGAUAUUGAAAGAGCUAUUGGUGUCGAGCCAUUAGAUACAGCCUCAAUACAUCCUUCUAGACCACUUUUUGAAGCAUGUCUAAAGAUGAUGGGUUCAAGAACAAGAAGAAUUCCAUUGAUUGAUCAGGAUGAAGAAACACAUAGAGAGAUUGUGGUGAGUGUUUUAACACAAUACAGAAUAUUAAAAUUUGUUGCUUUGAAUUGUAGAGAGACUAAUUUUUUGAAAAAAAGCAUUGGUGAAUUGAAUAUUAUAACUGAGGAAAAUGUCAAGAGUUGCUUUAUGACCACUCCUGUCAUUGAUGCAAUUCAACUGUUAUCACAAAAUGGCAUAGCAUCUAUUCCUAUUGUAGAUGAAAAUGGUGUUUUAAUCAAUGUUUAUGAAGCAGUGGAUGUUCUUGGAUUGAUUAAAGGUGGAAUUUACAACGACUUAUCAUUAAGUGUUGGUGAAGCAUUAAUGAGAAGAAGUGACGAUUUUGAGGGUGUUUAUACAUGUACUAAACACGAUAAAUUAUCCACUAUUAUGGAUACUAUCAGAAAGGCAAGAGUACAUAGAUUCUUUGUUGUAGACAACGACGGCAGGCUAGUUGGUGUCUUAUCGUUAGAUGAUAUUCUUAGAUACAUCCUAUUAGGUGAAAAAUAA